AACAGAAAUUAUUUUUAGUCUAGCUCGCAGUUUAACCAGAGUAUUGAUCGCGGAAAAAAGUUGCGCGCGCUCCACCCAAAAGGGGAAAAUGAUUUUCGACCGUAAAAUCGGAAAACGAAAAUAACUCAACGAGGGGGUAAACAAAUCACGAGUUUUGCGCCCUUAACGUGACUGAAUCGAUAAUUCUUUAUUUAGUAAAAACCUAAAAUUAGUGAAAGUGAAAAAUAAUGGCUUCGCCUGUGUUAAAAACCCUCUCGAUCCUGUUGGGAUUAUUCUUUAUUUUUGUGGGAACGAUAAAGAUUUCUUCGGUGAUAUCGAAGGACCUUCAUAAGGACUUGCGAAAAGAAUACGUCAAAUAUGCGAAAGUCUUUCCACUCUCAGAUAUGCUAGACUUCAAAGUACCAUCAAAAUGGUACCGAAGAACGGUAGGGGUGCUGGAGAUUGUCUUUGGAGCCGCUAUGGCCUUUUAUCCAAAUCACAAAAUCAAAAAUGGGGCCAACAUAGGCCUCCUGGGCCUCACCUUAAUGGCCGUCUACUCGCACUACAUGGUAGCCGACCACUUCGAACGAACUGCGCCUGCGCUGGUAUUCCUCUUUCUACUCUGCGGUAGACUGGUGGUGUUCUACCAGGUCCAAAGGAAAGAAAUGUUGAUGUCCGAACAACUCGUUUCGAAUGGAUUCAAACAGGAAUAAAUGCCAAAAACGACUGAGUAUAGUUUUUAGUUUAAUUUUGUUGUUAAUUAUUGUUAAUUUGUAUGCAUUUGAAUGAGAGAUUGUUUGAAGAAGAGAUGUGAAAAAUCAGGCUAAAAAUUUUGUUAUUUUUUUGUUUCAGGUUUAUUAUUUUUUCAUAAUCUUGUGUCUUAUUUAUUUUAUUUUUUUAAUUUACUGAUAGCUUUAGAGUGAUAUUGGGUAAUUUUAGUAUGUAGUGUCAUGUGGUGUAGAUGUUCUUCAAUGAAUUACUUUUUAUUAUUACUAUUGUUUCUUUAUGUUUAUUGUCCAUUUUUGUGAAAAAUUCUUGUGAUAAUAAUUGUUGAAAUUUAUUAUAUUUCUUUUCAAGCACUAAUAUUAAGAGUAAGUAAGUUUAGGGUAAAUACAACAGUCUAGUCAAGCCAAAAGAGGUACAAUUUUUAGCUAAAUUGAAUGCACUUAAGGAGUACAAUAAAAUUAUCUCACUUAAUUCUCUUGUAAACAAACCUUUAUUAGAAAAAAAAGUUAAUAAAUUAUGUGUAAAUAUAGUCAAUUUAUUUAAUAAAUAGAAACAGGAAAAUACGACUAAAAAUAACAUGUAAAUUAAAUUAGUCUCAUCACACUUUUAGUUUAUAGUGUAGGACGUACAGAGUGAUUUUGAAGUUAAACCAUUUAUUAAUUUUACCAACUAAUUAUAUCAAAUGUUUAAGUGAUAAAAUUAAUUUUUUUAGUUUUAAAUCAGGAAAUAAUAGAGAUUUAGCAGUUUUAAGUACGGGCCUGUCUAAUCCAGUCGUUUUAAUAGUAAUUCCCGUAAAGCGGGCGAUGAGGACCGUAUUAAGAUGUUUUUUAUUAUUUCAAAAUUUUGAAAAAAAACAACUUCAAAGUGACUAUGUAGUUAUUAAAAAUGGAAUAUCAUUAACAUAAAACACCAACGAAAAUUUAUAUUACAUAAGUAAGAUAAACCAUAAAACUAUAAAAAAAUUCUAUUUCUGUUGAGGUCCAAAGAAAACAAUGGCGUCUAUAAAUUAUUAUCUGCUUACUGUGUAUUUCAAGAUCUGGUAAUAAUAAGUUUCACUGCCACACGUGUAAAAACCAUCAAUAACGAACGCUGUUUAUCUGUAUAGAUCACGGAAUGGUAUAAUGGUUUUCUUUUCGCAAAUAAAUGGCUAAAGAACACGA